GAGGGGUAGAGUCUGGGAGGCGGUGCUCUUCCGUUUGUCCCCGUUCCUGAAACUGCGUAUCAGAACCCCGCAGACAUGUCGGGGUUCAGCCCAGAGCUCAUCGACUAUCUGGAAGGGAAGAUCUCUUUUGAGGAGUUCGAAAGGCGGAGAGAAGAGAGAAAAACGCGUGAGAAGAAAAAUCUUCAGGAAAAAGGAAAGGCAUCAGCUGAAGAAAAUCCAAAUGACUCUGAAGUCCCAUCAUCAUCAGGAAUUGACUCUACUAAAUCUCAGGACAAAGAUGUCCAGGAAGGAGAGACGUCAGAUGGAGUCAGUAAGUCAGUUCACAAGGUCUUUGCUUCCAUGCUUGGAGAGAAUGAAGACGAUGAGGAGGAAGAAGAAGAAGAGGAAGAGGAAGAGGAGGAAACACCUGAGCAACCCACUGCAGGCGACGUGUUUGUACUGGAGAUGGUUCUCAAUCGUGAGACCAAGAAAAUGAUGAAAGAGAAAAGGCCUCGGAGUAAACUUCCCAGAGCUCUGAGAGGUCUCAUGGGUGAAGCCAACAUCCGCUUCGCGCGAGGAGAACGUGAAGAGGCGAUACUGAUGUGCAUGGAAAUCAUAAGACAAGCUCCUUUGGCUUAUGAGCCAUUCUCUACUCUUGCUAUGAUAUAUGAGGACCAAGGUGACAUGGAGAAAUCACUGCAGUUUGAGUUGAUUGCUGCACAUUUAAAUCCCAGUGACACUGAAGAAUGGGUUAGAUUGGCAGAAAUGUCCCUGGAACAAGACAAUAUUAAGCAGGCUAUAUUUUGCUAUACAAAAGCACUUAAAUAUGAACCUACUAAUGUCCGUUAUUUGUGGGAACGAUCAAGCCUUUAUGAGCAGAUGGGAGAUCACAAGAUGGCAAUGGAUGGUUAUAGGCGUAUUUUAAACUUUUUGUCUCCAUCUGAUGGAGAACGAUUUAUGCAGUUGGCUAGAGAUAUGGCAAAGAGUUACUAUGAAGCCAAUGAUGUUACUUCAGCCGUUAAUAUAAUUGAAGAAGCGUUCUCAAAGCACCAGGGCCUAGUCUCUAUGGAAGAUGUUAACAUAGCAGCUGAACUGUACAUUUCUAACAAACAAUAUGACAAAGCUUUGGAGGUAAUUACAGAUUUUUCUGGAAUUGUGCUGGAAAAAAAAACUACAGAAGAAGGCACUUCAAAAGAGAAUAAAGCUGGUGAGAAUGUUACCUGCACUAUACCUGAUGGUGUGCCAAUAGACAUCACGGUGAAGCUGAUGGUCUGCCUAGUACAUCUCAACAUCCUCGAACCACUUAAUCCUCUCUUGACAACGCUCGUGGAGCAGAAUCCUGAAGACAUGGGAGACCUGUAUCUAGAUGUUGCUGAAGCUUUCCUGGAUGUUGGUGAAUAUAACUCUGCGCUUCCCCUCCUUAGCGCACUCGUCUGCUCUGAAAGAUACAACCUUGCAGUGGUUUGGCUUCGACACGCAGAGUGCUUAAAGGCCUUAGGCUACAUGGAGCGUGCCGCGGAAAGCUACGGCAAGGUGGUUGACCUGGCCCCUCUUCAUUUGGAUGCAAGGAUUUCGCUUUCCACCCUCCAGCAGCAGCUGGGCCGCCCUGAGAGAGCUCUGGAAGCCCUGGAACCAAUGUAUGAUCCAGAUACUUUAGCACAAGACGCAAACGCAGCACAGCAGGAACUGAAGUUGCUGCUUCAUCGUUCUACUCUGUUGUUUUCACAAGGCAAGAUGUAUGGUUAUGUGGAUACCUUACUUACCAUGUUAGCCAUGCUUUUGAAGGUAGCAAUGAAUAGAGCCCAAGUCUGUUUGAUAUCCAGUUCCAAAUCUGGAGAGAGGCAUCUCUACCUUAUUAAAGUGUCGAGAGACAAAAUAUCAGACAGCAGUGACCAGGAGACAGCAAAUUGUGAUGCAAAAGCAAUAUUUGCUGUACUCACGAGUGUCUUGACAAAAGAUGACUGGUGGAACCUUCUGUUGAAGGCCAUAUACUCCUUAUGUGACCUAUCCCGAUUUCAAGAGGCUGAGUUACUUGUCGAUUCUUCAUUGGAAUAUUAUUCAUUUUAUGAUGACAGGCAAAAACGCAAAGAGCUAGAAUACUUUGGUCUCUCUGCUGCAAUUCUGGACAAAAAUUUCAGAAAGGCAUACAACUAUAUCAGGAUAAUGGUAAUGGAACAUGUCAAUAAACCCCAGCUCUGGAACAUUUUCAAUCAAGUUACCAUGCACUCCCAAGAUGUACGGCAUCAUCGCUUUUGUCUCCGUUUAAUGCUGAAAAACCCAGAUAAUCAUGCCCUGUGCGUCUUAAAUGGACACAAUGCAUUUGUAUCUGGUAGUUUUAAGCAUGCCCUUGGACAGUAUGUGCAAGCCUUUCGCACUCAUCCCCAUGAACCUCUCUAUAGCCUCUGUAUAGGCCUAACCUUUAUUCAUAUGGCAUCUCAGAAGUAUGUAUUAAAGAGACAUGCUCUUAUUGUGCAGGGCUUUUCCUUUCUUAAUCGAUACCUCAGUCUACGUGGGCCUUGCCAGGAAUCAUUCUAUAAUUUGGGCCGUGGCCUUCACCAGCUGGGGUUGAUUCAUCUUGCAAUUCACUAUUAUCAGAAGGCCCUGGAGCUCCCUCCACUUGUGGCAGAGGGUAUAGAAGCUGACCAGUUAGACUUACGAAGAGAUAUUGCCUACAACUUGUCUCUCAUCUAUCAGAGCAGCGGGAAUGUUGGGAUGGCUCAAAAGCUUUUAUAUACUUACUGUUCUAUAUAAAGCCCUCUGCUGGGAAAGGAGCCUUGGGCAGCUGUGUGCAUGGACCAGUAUUUUCUGUCUCAGGACUUACUAUUAAUCCAAAAUGGAAAUGAUAAUUUCAGAAUUACCCAUUUCAUUUUUAAUAUGUGAUAAUGAUCUUUUGGUAGAUAAACAAAACUAUAAUUUCUACAAGAAUUUUUACAUUGUUCUGUCAUUUUCCUUUACCAUUUUUUGGUAAGUUGUCCCUCAAACUGAAGUGGAUGAUAUUAGCCAUUGAGCCAGCAUGAAGUUGAAUACACUAAUUUUUUCUCACAUCGUUUAUUCAUCUGGGUAUUUAAUACUAUAUAUCAGACACCUGCUAUGUUCCAGGUACUGUGAUAGAUGUUUGGAAUACAGUAGUAAGAUAGAAGUUACCUCCCAGUGCAAUUCUUCAGAUACAGACCUGGAGCAUAUAUUUAUUUGAAAGAAAUGUUGAUACAUUUCUAUGUACACCAUUGUUGUCAGUCAUCCAUUUCUUAGUGCCCUGUCACCUGGGCAGUUUUUCACAUACAAAGAAAAGAAGGUUGCUUAGUAAAGGAAAGACAGAUUGGGACUCUUUCUGAUGUCAACACAAUUAUAUAACUUAAUUACCUCCUUUAAAAUUAUUUUAAGUGGUUAUGUGGUGGGGAGACAGGUAAUUGAGUUAAUCUUUUACUUUUUACCUACAUGUAUCUUAGCUAUAGACUGAGACCUGAGACGCUGGGCUUAAUUCCAAACACCCUGCUCUGAGGCAAAUGAAAAAAAAUGCACCAUCAGUGUUUGGCUUUCUGACAAAAAAAUAGAGAAGAGCACUCUGUGCAGUAACAUGCCCUGACUGGAAGACUGGGGAAUUGUAUGUGUGGAGGGAAGUGUUGCCGACAGAGUGAAAAAGGAUAAAAACCCUUUACUUACGUCAGAUAUUAUGUAUUCUUGAAUAUAAGGUAACAGUACGUGUUAGAUACACUGUUGGUUUAAUAAGAGCUUUUUAGAGUUUCUUUUUAACAAAUGCUAUAAUAAAUGUGCAUGUAGAUUAUAAGACCCAGUCCAACCGUGGGAGGAAAACAAAUAUGAGACUUUGGAUCAAAGAAGUACAGUGGGGCUUUGUAGGAAUUCUGACCACUAUUUACACUUAAUCCAUAACUUUGUAGUUGAGAAGCAGAAUGUGUUCGUAGUAAGUAAGUAAAUGUAUCAUGUACUCUGUAUGUAUGUGUGUGUAUAUAUGUGCUUAUAUAGAAUUUAAAUAAAUUUUAUUUUUAUAAUUAAAUCAA